UCCAUUUUUCAGAGAUUGUAUUGAGCGCAGCGUCUCCAUGGCGACGCUGCGCAGCUGUCCGGGGCGGGGCGGGGCGGGGCGCACAGCUGACCGCCGCCACAACACUCCCAAGAUGCCGUCCGUGUUGCUCACCGACUCGAUCUCCGUGGAACUGGGCGCCCAGGAGCCGUGGCCCAGCGAUGUGAAGCUGUUCCAGCAGUAUGAGGUGGAGCAGAUCCUCCUGCCAGACAAUGCCAACUGUCUGGCAGUGCAGGCAUUCCUCAAGAUGUGUCAGCUCCACUACUCGCUGGAGAUGAGGGGCAACGCUGAGCACAUGUCACCCAGCGGACGUGUGCCAUUCAUCAAGGCAGGAGCAUUCGUGGUGGCGGAACUGGACCCCAUUGUGGCCUUCGUAGCCAACAAGGGCGUGACUCUGACGGAGCGAUUGGACACCACACAAAAGGCAGACAUGCGUGCCUAUAUGUCCCUUGUCAGCAAUGUCUUGGCCAAUGCUGAGCUGUAUGUGUCAUGGGUUGAUCCUGUCACCUAUGAGGACGUAACCAAGCCCCGCUACGGCUCUGUGUACCCGUGGCCCAUCAACCUCUUUCUCACGCGACAGAAGCGUAACCAGGUCCUUCGCCGCCUCAGGGUCCUUGGCUGGCAGCAGUACACUUUGGAGGAGGUUUACAAUGAGGUGGAGCGUUGCUGCAGUGCCUUGUCUGAACGACUCGAUCGACAGGACUUUUUCUUUGGUAACAGGCCCACUGAGCUUGAUGCCCUUGUGUUUGGACACCUCUUCACCCUUCUGACAACCCCACUGCCUGACAACCGGCUAGCAACCAUUGUUCGUUCCUUCAGCAACCUGGUCAAGCUCUGCCAAGUGAUAGAACGAGACUUUUUUGAGAAGACCAAUGGUGGAAGCAGCAGUGGCAAUGGGGAAGGCGAUUAUGAUAAAUUAGAAGACCUGAAUCAGCUUCCAAUGUAGUCACUAACAUACUGUGAAAAAAAUCCCAUGCAUUCAAGACUAGUACUUACACCCUGCUCUAUAGAAACUAUUGUAUUGGACAUGGAGACCAAUUUUCACAUUAUUGAUGAAAAGUGAUUAAAAACUAGCUGUAGAUUAAAGCACCUUAACAAUAUAGAUAAAUGCAUUGAUGGUAGGACUACAAUACCAUGGAAUGUAAAGUCCUACAGUGAAGUUCUUUGUACCUUGGGAAGAUGUGGCUGUGAUAAGAGAAGAGGAACGUUGGGUUUCUUAAAUUCAUGUGUGGUUAUAAGUGUCUACAUUUGUGCCAGCAGUGAACUGGUUGAUAAGUAUUUAUUUAUAAUAUCCACACACCAUUUAAACUAGUACUCAAUUCAGGAAAACGUGACUGGAAAACUAAGCAGAAAGUAUUCAAAUGAAAUUGUCAGUAGAGAUUUAUACUUUUGAUGAUAAUUUAUUUCACUACCAAAGCUCAAGUUUCCAUAGUACUAUUACUUGCAAACAGUACUAAUUAGAAUGAUGUGUAUGAAAUUGCAAUCUAACUCAAUUCCAUGCCUGUCCCUUUGGCCAUAAGAAACAGUCCCAUAAAAACUCCAGUAUAUUCAUGAACAUUCAUGACGUGGGAAAUAUCACCCGUGUUAAGCAAAUAAUUCAGAUUAUCUAAACUUUUAUACAGGGUGCCUGGUGGAUAUGUGUGAACUCACAGCAGUUUACUGGUGAAAGAUAGUGUUCCCUUAUAACCCUGUAUAGUCAUUAUUUUGUCAAGGAAUGUUUCUUGGUGCCACAAAGUUUUUAAAAGUACAUAUAAUAAGCAGCUCCUUCAUCCAGUAUUUGCCUUGUAUUGGUGGUGACAACCAGAAAGCCCUACCCAGUACUGGGCCUAACAGACAGAGACAAAUACUGGAUGAGGGGGCCACUUAAUAUAUGCAGUGUUAUAGCCACACAAAAAAAGUUUGGAGACAGUUAUUUUUAUAAUAUUUACAAUUAAAGCUAUUUAUGGACACAAAUACAGGCACAUACAUUUCA